GGUGAUCAAUUCCAGGGCUAAUAAAUUACUUUUUAUUUAUCAAAAAAUUAAAAAAAUUACUUUGUGGCAGGUUUAUUGUCCUGGAACUUCCCACCCAUGAGAAGCUUGUGCAGUAUCUCUGCCGGGUUUUCGUUGAAAAUAAAUAAACCCUUUGUCCAUCCUCUUUAUAAUAAAAUGCAGCAAUGUGCAGAUCAUUGGCAGUGAAAUGAGAUUAUGUCACACUGCUCUUGUGAUUAAAAUCUUCUUUUCUAUAUAUCGUGUACUCUUAGAUUGCCGAGUGGCAGAAGUAGGAAAAAGAAAAGGAAGGUAACAGAAGUAACUAGUGAGUAGUCCCUAUGAUUGUGUAAUCCCCUGCAACACGGGCAAUUACUGGGAUAAGUCCUUGGGGAUGGCACCAAGUAGGAUGGCAUGAAUGAUCUCCACUUCCCAUAAAAGUACUUCCUAUGUAAUCUUCCUUGGGGUUAUACAGAUUUUCAUAUGGUAGAAUGAUAACAAGGUAUGUUGCAACCAUUUUAAAGAUGUACUAUUUGUUAUGUGUUAGGGAACAAGGACAGUACAAGAACCCUGCAAAUUGUAGCAGAUGGAGGCGCCCGCCUGUUGAGGAGGUGCUAUCGAAAUUAGCCACUCAUUUUUUUAGGGUACAUUCAAGACUCUGCGUAGAUGAAGCUGAAUUAGCUGAACAUGUUGUAGGUUUGACUUGCAGCUUGGCCUCUUGCCAAUUCAGGUACUGUAUGGUCAACUUCAGUAAUUUGAAGGCCAAAAAUAUAGUGCGGAAAUGUAACUUUUCAUUUCUUUCUCCUUGUCUUUUGGUAUCCUAAAACUAUAUGGGUUCGUUUGGUUUGUAUUUCUGAAAAAUUUUUGGGAAAUUUUCUCUACAAAUAAGUUUUUAAAAGUAAUCAAACCAAACAAAUUUUUCCAAAAAAAUUUCU